UACAUUAUGAAUGCAGGUUCUCUUGGUGUGUUAACAGGGAUUAACUAUAUACAAUAGAGGGAUUAUAAUGUGGUUUAUGUUUUGUUUAUUUCUAGAGUUAUAACUUAUUUUUUAGAUAGUUGGUUGCCAUAAGUACAGUUGAUGGCAACUGAAAAGAACAUGGCAGCUCCAGGAGACAUGGUAGACGGGCGGCCGGCUGAGUAUGGGCUGACCCUAAAGGAACUCAGAGAGUUGAUGGAACAUAGGGGAGCCGAGGGCUACAAUUUGAUUCAGUCAAAAUAUAAUGGGGUUUUAGAAAUGUGUAAAAAACUAUAUACUUCUCCAAAUGAAGGUUUAUCAGGAAAUCCAGCUGAUUUAGAACAUAGAAUAUCCGUGUUUGGAUCUAAUGUUAUACCUCCAAAACCACCCAAAUCAUUCUUACGAUUAGUUUGGGAAGCUUUACAAGAUGUUACAUUGAUUAUUUUAAUUGUUGCUGCCAUAAUAUCUUUAGGAUUAUCUUUUUAUAAACCACCACCAGAUCCAGGUCAAGGUCAUGAUGAAGAGUAUGCAGAUGAACAAGAUGGGUCAAGUUUUGAAGAAGCUGCAGGUUGGAUUGAUGGUGGAGCUAUUUUAGUUGCUGUAGCUGUAGUUGUCUUAGUUACUGCUUUUAAUGAUUGGAGUAAAGAAAAACAAUUUAGAGGACUGCAAAACAAAAUAGAACAUGAACAUAAAUUUCUAACAAUACGUGGUGGUGAGGUGUUACAAAUAUCAGUUGGAGAUAUAGUUGUUGGAGAUAUUUGCCAAGUUAAAUAUGGUGAUUUACUACCAGCUGAUGGUGUUGUUAUACAGAGUAAUGAUCUCAAGGUAGAUGAGAGUUCACUCACUGGAGAAUCUGAUCAUGUUAAAAAAGGCGAAUCAACUGAUCCUCUCCUGCUCUCAGGCACUCAUGUUAUGGAAGGAAGUGGUAAAAUGUUGGUCACUGCUGUGGGUCCCAAUUCUCAAACUGGAAUCAUUUUUGCUCUUCUUGGAGCCUCUCAUGAAGAGGAAGAAAAGAAAAACAAGAAAAAGAAGGCUAAAGGAGGCUCAAAUAGCGGCUCAGAAACAGAAGAGGUAGAUGUUCCAGAAACAGGCAAAGAUGAAGAGAAAAAAUCUGGACGAAAGGAGAAAUCAGUCCUACAAUCUAAACUUACUAGAUUAGCUAUACAAAUUGGUUAUGCAGGUACUGCUAUUGCUGUAUUAACUGUUGUUAUUUUGAUUGUUAAAUUCUCUAUCACUGAGUUUGUUAUCAAAGAAAACGAAUGGACAUCAGACAAGACUGGUCGAUAUUUAGAAUUAUUUGUAAAAUAUUUUAUUAUUGGUGUUACUGUACUUGUUGUGGCUGUACCAGAAGGUCUACCAUUAGCUGUUACUUUAGCUUUAGCUUAUUCUGUAAAGAAAAUGAUGAAAGAUAAUAAUUUAGUGAGACAUUUAGAUGCCUGUGAAACUAUGGGUAAUGCUACAGCUAUAUGUUCAGAUAAAACUGGUACAUUAACAACUAACAGAAUGACAGCUGUAAAGAGUUACUUAGGAGGGAAAAUUCAUGCAUCAGCACCAAGAUUUAAUGACAUUAAUCCGAAACUAGGACAGCUAAUUAUCAGAUCCAUAUCAAUUAACAGCGGGUAUACUUCCAAAAAUUUACCACCAGAUGUAGAAGGAGGUUUACCGAAACAAGUUGGAAAUAAAACAGAAUGUGCACUGUUAGGUUUUGUAACUGAGUUAGGACAGAGUUAUGAAUCUAUACGAGAAGAAGUGCCAGAAGAAGCCUUGGUCAAAGUCUAUACAUUCAACUCUAGCCGUAAAUCUAUGAGUACCAUUGUCAACAUAGAAAAUGGUUAUAGAGUCUUUAGUAAAGGAGCUUCAGAAAUUAUUCUUAAAAAGUGCGACUUUAUUUUGGGAUCGGAUGGUAACCCAGUAGAAUUUACAGUACAAGACCAAGAGAAGAUGGUACAUGAAGUUAUCGAACCUCUAGCUAGUGAAGGACUACGUACUAUCUGUGUAGCUUAUAAAGAUUAUGUUAAAGCUUUUGAUGCAGACCCUGAUUGGGAAGAUGAAAAUCAUAUUAUAGCUGGUUUAACAUGUCUGUGUGUUGUUGGUAUUGAGGAUCCAGUAAGAGAUGAGGUACCAAAUGCUAUUAAGAAAUGUAAAGCAGCAGGUAUAUGUGUACGUAUGGUAACUGGUGACAAUGUUAAUACUGCUAGAUCUAUAGCUACUAAAUGUGGUAUCUUAAAACCAGGAGAAGAUUUCCUAGUUUUAGAAGGGAAGGAAUUUAACAGAUUAAUUCGAGAUCAGUCUUCAGGAGAGGUUCGUCAAGAUUUAUUAGAUGAAAUCUGGCCUAAACUACGUGUUCUGGCUCGGUCCUCACCACAAGAUAAAUAUGUAUUGGUGAAAGGUAUUAUUGAUAGUAAACUGAGUACUAAUAGAGAGGUAGUUGCUGUUACUGGAGAUGGUACUAAUGAUGGUCCUGCUCUUAAAAAAGCUGAUGUUGGUUUCGCUAUGGGUAUAUCAGGAACUGAUGUAGCUAAAGAAGCAUCUGAUAUUAUUCUAACUGAUGAUAAUUUUACCAGUAUUGUGAAAGCUGUUAUGUGGGGAAGAAAUGUCUAUGAUAGCAUCGCCAAAUUCCUACAGUUUCAAUUGACAGUCAAUGUAGUAGCUGUUUUGGUAGCAUUUUUAGGUGCCUGCAUUAUCAAUGACAGUCCUUUGAGAGCUAUUCAGAUGUUAUGGGUGAACUUGAUUAUGGAUACAUUAGCUUCUCUUGCCCUGGCUACAGAAUUACCUAGUGCUGAAUUAUUGGACAGAAAACCAUAUGGACGUACCACAGCUUUGAUAUCUAGCACCAUGUGGAAAAAUAUCAUUGGUGGCUCCAUAUACCAACUUAUCGUUAUUUUUGUUAUCCUGUUUGCUGGUCCUGAUUUAUUUCAAAUAGAUGAUGGGAAAGAAAAUACAUCAGUUCAUGCUCCAUCAACCCAACAUUUUACUAUUAUAUUCAAUACAUUUGUCAUGAUGACUCUAUUUAAUGAAGUUAAUGCAAGAAAAAUUCAUGGCCAGAGAAAUGUAGUAACAGGAUUACAACGUAAUCCAGUAUUUAUUGUUAUAUGGAUAGGUACAAUGAUAGCUCAGAUAAUUAUAGUACAAUUUGGUAGUUUUGCCAGUUGAUUACAAGUAUACCAACACAUAAAUUACCUAGUAUCAAAUGUCCAUGUAUGAAAGAUGAUGAAGAAAUUCACCAUGAAGAUUUAAUAGAUGGUGAUAUAGCUAAUAAUGAUACCAGAGGACAGAUUUUAUGGGUCCGUGGUUUAACACGUUUACAACAGCAGAUUCGUGUAGUAAACGCUUUCCGCAUGAGUUUAGAUUCCCGUUAUGACAGUCGUAGUUUGUCUUCAGUUCAUAGCCUUCACUCUCUACAAAACUAUCGAGCUAAAAAAUAUGCUGUAUCAUCCUCGUUAAAUCAAGAAGCUAAUGAUGGUGCUGUUCAUAUUAAUAAAGAAAACUCUGAAACUCCUCUUUAGAUAUUAUUCGUUAAUCCAAAUUAGUCCAGAGUAUCAACUUCUAUAGGGUUGCAGAAAUCAGGAUCAGCUUUUGAGUUAAAAAAGAUUGAGUUUGAAUGAAAAAGAAUGUUUUUGAAUUUAGAAGAGUUGAUAUUUUAUGAUUGUGAAAAAGAUGACUCUGUUUGAUUUGAAAAUAAUAUUGCUAUCUGGCAUUUAAAGAUGAUGAUUCUGUAAUCUUGGAAAUUUCUGUAUACAUCUGUUAAUUUCAAUUUGUAAAAAUGUCUAGCCAACCUUGUGUUGUCCAUUUCCAUUCUUGGUAUUUACUGGGACAAAUUACGAGUUUAAAUCCAGCAUAUUAGCAGUUAUGCAUGGUUAUGCUGUAUAAUAUAUGGAACAGUUGAAUCUCUUCACAAUAUUCACCAAAUUAAUGGUAGUCUGUAGAUAUUUCACCAGCUUUUCAGUGUUUGGACACUAGAAUAUGUUAAGACGGCAUGAGCUUGGCAAGACUUGUAUCAUUCAUUGUAUCUUGAGGCUCAGCUUGUCAUAGUAUAUAUUCAUUGACAUAGAUUUCUUAGUUACUGAUAAAUUUUUGGAAAUCACCAGUAAAUUUAGUAAUCGUGUAUGAAAAUUCAAAUUGAUGAACUUUUAACCAUGAUCAUUUUCAUGAAAACUUAAAGGCUAAAGAUGUGCUUAACUGACUAUUUAGAGGGGUGGGUCAACCAGUUGGUUUGCUGGUUAAGAGUAUCUCAGGAUGCAAUGUUUUUUUUUUAUUACCAGUAUAAAAUGAUUUGAAAGAAGUUGUCAACUUAAUGUGCUAUGUUAUCAUGCUACGUCAUCAUGUAAAGAGUAUUCUUUAUUUUGUAAAUUUCAUGUUUUGUAAUAUUUUUCAUUUGUCAUUUUUUGAACCUCAAUUUCUUUUCUGGUGAUAUGCAAUAUUUUGUAGUUUCAUGUUAUUCCAAAUUCAAUUCAAGCAAAAAACCACAUUUGAUAAAUGAUCAGCCAACAACUGUAGUAGGACCUCAUAAUAGACUUGCUUCAUAUAUAAUUUAUCCCAUAUUUUAUACAUUUUCUCUCAUGUAUUUUCUAAAAUAUUUAACAUUCCGUCAUGUAUUAUUAUUAUUAUUAUUCAGAACCUUCCAUAACAACUGUUCUUGAAUAUCGUAUAGACCUUUCUUAUUUCAUUACAAAUUUCAAAAUUUACAGUAGACUAAUAUAUUAAACUUACUUUAUAUCUGUCAUGAUAGAAAUGAAAAUGUACAACCAUAAGAACAAAUGAUGAGAAAUCUUCCAUUCACCUUGUUGUUUUAUUAAUAUCUUAGUUGUAUCUGUAAUUAAGAGUAAAUGGUAACCUGUGUUUUCACCACAAUUUGUACAUACAUUGAGAAUAGGACAUAUUUGGGUAACUUAAAGAUAAAGAUGGAAAUAUUGAAGAUUGUUGUUAAUACUUGAUUCAACAAAAAUACAAAAAGAUUGCACGAGAAAUAUAAGCCUAUAAAUACUGUAAUAUAUUAUUGUAGAUAUAGAUACCUACACAUGUUCCCCAUGCACAAAGCAGAAUGUCUUGUCAAUUUCUGCAUUGCUUUUAGUUAUUUGAAAACUUGUUAGAAUAUUUGUAACAUAGUUUUUACGGUUGGUUCUUAGAUUUCUCCACUCAUUUGUGUCAUUAAAAUUUGAAUAACUCACUUAUGCUCAUUUUUUUUUUUAUAUUUUAAAAUUAGAAUGACCCUGUAAAUUACUUUGUUCAACUGCUUUUAAAUUAGAUUUGUUAUAUAGAAUAUAGAAUCUAUUCAAGUCAUAAAACAACAAAUAUCAGUUGAGACAAUGUUUGGAAUUUACUUCUUAAAAACUUUGAAAUGUCUUGCAUUGUAAAUCUAAAUUUUUUUUUUAUAUUCAAUCUGAAGUCGAUUACAAACAAAUUAAUUUGCUGAUUUGAGUUCUAAUUUUAUGAAUUUUUCUGUGUUUUAAGGGAUACUUUCUUUGAUUUAUUAGAUUUUUUACUACUAUCUUUGAAUAAUUCAUGUUGAUGAUUGAACUUCUAUGUUUUUGCCAGUAUGGUUUUUAUGAAUAAAUACAGUUAAAUCUGA